UUUGCCACUCGAUCGCCAUCAUGCUGCGCACCGCGGUCGGUGGCGUGCGCCGCCUCUCGUGGCUCUCGCACCUUGCGCCCCGAGGUCGCCGGUCGCCCACAGGACUCUUUGGCCUCCAAGGACUUGUGCAACCGAGCGACUUUGACCGGCUCGGCCGCGACGCCGUCGAGACGUGCAACCGCCUCAAGGCCGACCUCACGUCGCGCCCGCCGAGCCUCCGCACGAUCCAGGACCUCGAUGCGAUCUCUAACGCAGUGUGUGGGGUCAUCGACGCGGCCGAGCUCUGCCGCAACGUGCAUCCGGACGCCCGCUUCCGCGCCGCCGCAUCGGCGUCAUUCCAGUACCUCUCGUCGUUCAUCCAGGAGCUCAACGCCGACGUCGACAUGUACAACUGCCUUCGCGCCGUCACGGACAACCGCAGCCUCAUGGCCGGCUUUACAGAGGAGCAGCAGCGCGUGGGGAUGCUUUUGCGGGCCGAGUUUGAGCGCGAUGGCAUCCACCUCGACGACGCGGGGCGGCGCCGCGUCAUGGAGCUGCAAAAUGCCAUUACACGCUUGAGCAUGCAGUUCCAGGACAACAUGCAUUCCGUGCACUCGUUCAUCGAGGUCCCGACCAAGGCGCUGCGGAUGCUGCCGAAUGGGCUCCUUGGGCAGUGCCACGCCAGCGCCAACGGCACGACGGCGAUCCCGACGACCGUGCCGAUGACCAACAGCAUUCUCAAGUGGAUUCCAGACGCACAUGUGCGCAAGCAAAUGUACAUUGCUGGCAACGCGUGCGCCAGCGUCAACCUGCAGGUCUUGGACGACCUAAUUGCGGCGCGCCAUGCACUUGCAACGCUGCUCGGCUUCCCGACGUAUGCGCAUCUCGCCACGAGCGACAAGAUGGUCGGGUCGCCGUCCCGCGUCGACGCCUUCCUCCGUGACAUUGCUUCCAACCUCAUGACCAAGGCGGCCUCGGAGCGUGCGCUGCUUGUUGCCGCCAAGACCAAAGCGGAGGGCAAGGGCUUCUUUCCAGCGCCAUUGCCGCUCGAGAGCUGGGACACGCCGUACUACAUGGGCAUGCUCAAGGCGCAGGCGUUCGACCUCGACGCGCGCGUGAUUGCAUCGUACUUUCCGCUCGAGCGCUGCCUCGAGGGUUUAGGGCUCCUCUGCAGCGAGCUCUUUGGUGUCGACAUGACGCCAGAAGAUUCGUCGGCGCCCGAGAGCUGGCACGACGACGUGCGCAAGCUCCGACUGACGAAAGACGGCGUCGACCUCGGUGUCCUCUACCUGGACCUCUUCCCGCGACAGCACAAGUACCAUCACGCCGCCCACUUUACCGUUCGGUGCGGCAAGCGCCUCGAGGACGGGUCGUACCAGACGCCGAUCGUCGCGCUUGUCUGCAACUUUAGCCCGCCGAGUGCUUCGACGCCGUCGCUCCUCACGCACGGCGAGGUCGAGACGCUCUUCCACGAGUUUGGCCACGCGCUGCACUCGCUCUUGAGCCGCACCGAGUUCCAGCAUCUCAGCGGCACGCGUGGGCAGCUCGACUUUGUCGAAACGCCGAGCCACUUGUUCGAGUACUUUGCGUGGGACGAGCGCGUCGUCCAACGAUUUGCCAAGCACUACGAGACGCACCACCCGAUUCCGGCGUCGAUGCUCGCCAACCUCAAGGCGUCCAAGCACAUGUUUAGCGCGAUGGAGACGCAGACGCAAUGUCUCUACUCGCUCUUGGAUCUGACGCUGUUUCGGGACCAACCGCUGCCGUUCUCGCCGCCAACGACGACGCAGGCGCUGAAAGAGCUCCAGAACAAGGCGACGCUCGUGCCAUACGUCGAUGGCACGCACUGGCACACGCGCUUUGGGCAUUUGGUGGGGUACGGCGCCGGCUACUACAGCUAUCUCUACGCCCGUGUCUUUGCGGCCGAGAUCUGGGGCGCGUGCUUUGCUGAGGACCCGUGGCGACCCGCAUCGGGCCGGCUCGUGUACGACGAGCUCUUUCGCCACGGCGGCGCCAAAGAGCCGCUUGCGAUGCUUACCUCGAUUGUGGGCAAGACACCGACGAGCACGCGGUUUGUCGACGAGCUCGGCGUGUAGCCAGUGACGUGUCGCCCACCCGUGCGUGUCGACGCACUGCGUAGCAUUUGGAUAACUCGAAACAAAGAAGAUUGGAGGGGACGCGCGAGGACACGACAGAUUGCGUGGCGUGCAAAUCGCCUGCGUCAUCACCGC